AGGUUUAAGGUUUUCUUUGGGAAAAGAAAAAAAAUGUUUUGAUAGAAGACCUGUCCAAUGAGAUGAGCCUAUGCUAAUGAGAUGGAGGAGGAAUACAGGCAUGAGUAGCUGUGUCAGAGGGAUAGAGAGGAAGAAAGAGCAGAAGAAACAGAGAGAAGAGCACCUGUCGACAUGCUUUGUCCAUUAAUUGGAAUGGUUCUACAUUUGGAUGAGCGACCUUCAUUCAGGUGAAUUGUGUUCAUUGUCAUGUUGAUUUCCCCUUUGUGCUAUUGUGAGCUUUUUAUUUUUUGGGCUACCUUGUAUUGUUUUCAACCCUUGUUAUAAAAUCAAAUCACAUUUUAUUUGUGACAUCCUUUGGAAACAACAGGUGUAGAUUAACAGUGUGUGAAAACAGCAGCGUGAAAACAAUGUUAUAGUCUAUGUGGCAUCAAAUGAUACAGUUGAAAAAUAAAUACAUUAUUUUGGAACUACUGUGUGCUUUAACCAAAGGGAACAUCUGGUUUUAAAACGUUUUGAUAAACUUGUCAGUAUGAAAAUGUAUGCACUCACUAACUGUAAGUCGCUCUGGAUAAGAGCGUCUGCUAAAUGACUAAAAUGUAAAAUGUAAAACAAUUGGUAUUUCAUAAAAUACCCUAUCCAAGAAGAAAUAGCUUAUCAAAGCAUUUUACUUUAUUUUGUUAAUAUCAGGACAUUAUCUUUUUGUCUCUAAAUAUACUUUUAAAUACCAGUAGGUUGAAUAGAAUUUAGGUAUAUCAGAUGUAGCUGUAUAGCUGAUGUUUUAGCGUGAUGCAGGUCACAAAUAUGUCGCCAUAUGUUCAGUGUACCUGCACUUCUUAAUACGUUGUCUAUUACACAGUUCAAGUCUAUUACACAGUUCAAGUCUGUUACACAGUUCAAGUCAGGACCGUUAGGCAGGAGACAAUAUAAAGGACACAGUCUACAAAACAUGUUUUCAAUAAUUUUCUCUUUAAACCAGGUUCAUUUAGCAAUGAAGGUGUGUUUUUACAAAUUGUCCCUUCACAAACACAGGAUGCUCAGAAUACCAUGUCAUGUGCUCAUGUAGUUUUCAAGCAGGGCACCACAGAGAGCUAUAUGUAUUUUCAAAGCAUUGCUGUAUGUGCUUGUCUGUUCAAUGAUGCCAUGGUUCAAAAUGUCUAUCCAUGCCUUCCUAGCUCUCACCCAUGGUCUUCCAUGAUCGGGAUAUGUGCAAUCACAGUUUUUCUCAAUGCAGGUGAGGAAGUCCACCCUACACACGAACACACAUGCACACACACCCACAUGCACACACACACGCACACGCCCUUUCAGGACCUUCUUUCCUUGUUGUUUACAGCAAUCUGUAAAGCAAGGAAAUCAUUCAUUUCUAUUACUAACCUAUCCCUGAACUCAACACACAGACUCAGGAUUUGGAUGUAUCACUGGAAACUAGAUUGUUACAGACUGAAUAGAACAGUCUAUUUAUUCAUAACAUUGUUCAUCACUUGGGUAAUGGUCUCCAGGUGUGUUGCCAUGGUAGAUACUGCCAGUUCACCCUGUUAACAAGAAGGCUUUUGUCUCUCUCCUGAGGGUGUACUAGUGUCCUGUAUAUGUUGUUGAGUUUGAUUGCAUCUCUCAGUUACUUCAUUUCAAUAUGCUCGUCUAACACACAAUAACAAACAUCUCAUAUUGUAACUAUAGGAGUCAAGGGUACAGCAUCAAUGUUUUUUUCACCAUUUAAGAAACUACAUUCAGGGAGAUGUAGAUUAUAAAGAAGAAACGGAAUACUAAAUAUCUCUCCUAUGUUUUCUAAGCAGUAGGCCUACAGUAGUAAUUAGUAUUAGAAGGUCAAAUUCAAUAGACUUGAGAACUUGUCACUAGAAGUGAAAGGCUUUACAGUGACAGUAUUUGAAUGGCCCUAGGUGGCAGCAUGGGGAUGCGGCUGACUUCCACUGGUCCCCAGACCAUCCAGAGGGCCCAAGGGGAGCGAAUGACCCUGGGGUGUACAUACUCACCUGAGCCCUCGGACACUGGAGAGCUGGAUAUUGAGUGGUCAGUGGUCAGCCCAGAUACCACCCAAAAUGACCAACUGGUAAGUGGCACUGAAGUUACCAAGUUAUUCUAGGUGAGAUCUCAGAUUGUUAUAUAAAGCAAUCAAAAGACAUGCUGUUAGAUAAAGUAGUUGGUUCAAGGACAGAACCCAUUCCAUUUCUUCCAUCUGCUCACCUCUAGUUGCUAAACUAUAUCAAACCAAUAUUUUUUUUUUACCCUGUUCUGAUUUUCAAAUGUUGGGACUUCUUCAGCUGUUGUCCUAUGCAGGUGGGAAUAAGUACAUCCAUGGUGACCCUGGUCUAACUAAGGGGCUGGACUUUGCUGCUGGCGACCCUUCCCUGGGUGAUGCGUCCCUCUCUAUCACUUCCCUGUCACCAGCCCAUUCUGCCACCUACCAGUGUAAAGUCAAGAAGUCACCGGGAGUGGACAUGCGGAAAGUGUCCCUGGUCGUGAUGGGUGAGACAGGCAUUACAUUUCAACCUUGGGCUAACAUGUCAACAUGCUGCAUUAUUUAAGCCUGGGUGGCUUGGUUUUAGCUGGUUGUGACGACUUGAAUAUCUUAAGGUGAAUAAGUUCAUGAAAAUGUGGUUGGUUUUCUCCUCAAGAGAAUGUCACUAUCAAGUUUCAGGAGAAGACCCAGACAGUGUCGAAGAAACAAAACGUUAUUACAAAAACAGGGCGUAGGCAAAUGACAGGUCAAGAGCAGGCAGAGGUCAGUAAUCCAGAUCAGAGUCCAAAAGGUACAAAACGGCAGGCAGUCUCAGGGUCAGGGCAGGCAGAGGUCAAAAAUCCAGGGUGUUAUGACAAGGUACAGAACGGCAGGCAGGCUCAGGGCAGGCAGAAUUGUCAAAACUGGGAAACAGGAACUUGAAAAAGACAGGCGCAAGAAGAAAACCACUGGUAGGCUUGAUCAAACAAAAUUAACUGGCAACAGACAAACAGAGAACACAGGUAUAAAUACACUGGGGAUAAUGGGGAAGAUGGGCGACACCUGGAGGGGGGUGGAGACAAUCACAAAGACAGGUGAAACAGAUCAGGGUGUGACAGUCACCACUCCACAUUUUCAUUUGUUAUUUUGACCUCAUGAACCUCCAACUGUACUUCUGAACAACCUUCAAGGUACAGCAAGACCUUCAAACUGGGUAUUUCUAAAGUGCUUUCACAAUUACAAGUAUCACCUUGGCAAUUUUAUGGACUAUUGAGUAGCACAAUGUCAGUUGGAACUAAAAUGUCCCCACAGUUACUCCAGGUUUAAGUCAGUUCCAUUUCGCUAUGCUUCGCCGUUCUCUAUCUCAACCGAAGUUUUGCUCUCCUUUUCUUCUUUUACCUUUUGUCUUUUACCUUUUGUGUGCUUUUUUCACUCUGGGACACUUUUUAAUUAUUUAUUUCUGUCUUUCUUUCACUGCCUAUCUUCCUCCCUGCGUGUAACAGGGUGGUAUUGUGUGUGGUGGUAAAAUAAGCUUUGGUGAUAAGAAAAUGCAGUACUACAACCUGAAUAGAAACACUAACAAAACUAUGGCCUUGCUUUCAAACAAUGGAAACAAAGCUUACCUCAGACAGUGUCAGAGACCUGUCAUUCUCUACCCUGACAAUCAAAGGUGUCCUUGGCAAAGUAGUUACCGUAAAUGUAAUAUUCCAGAUUUGUCUCUUUUCUAAUGUUAAGGUAGAAAUAAGCACUGUCCUCUUUAAUUUAUUCAGUUUUUUAAAAACUGUGAUGGAGUGGAAAUUUGUGUAAUUAUUAUUCCUUUGUCGUCAGUGCGUCCUUCGGUGCCUAAAUGCUGGGUGGACGGUGGGGAGGCGGUGGGGGAGACUGUCUCCCUGCACUGCAAGUCAUCCCAGGGGUCCUCUCCCCUCAACUACGCAUGGAAGACAGAAAGAGGAGGUCCCAUCCCACCCUCAGCCACACAGAGUAAGUCUGACCUUUACUGGUUUCAUGGUGAAUUACAGCAUUAGAGCACAUUUUAACAGAAACGUUAUUUAAGCUGACUGGGCAUGCAGUGAAAAAUACAUGUUUUCAUUGCUGCUCUUCAUACUUUGUGAUCCAUCAGACCGUGUGACGGGGGAGUUGUUGAUCAGCAAUCACUCUGAGAGCUUUGUGGGAAUCUACAUGUGUGAGGUGACCAAUGCUGUGGGGGACGAGAGGUGCAGAAUCAAUCUGACAGCUAACAAACGUAGGUACACACUCAGUCACUCAUUCAGUCAAUCCCUCACUCAGUCAUUCACUCACAUUUAAAGCACAAAAAAAGCUACAAAAUUCCUUCACCUGGUGCUUGUUCCAUCUGUUCCAUCCCUAGCCCCUAACAGAGCAGGCGUGAUAGUGGGUACUGUGGUGGGUUGUCUACUGCUCAUCAUCAUUCUGGCGAUACUCAUCUGCCUCCUCAUCUACAAGUGUGAUGCAAGGUUCACACACGAUGAGAAGGAAGUGUCCAACGAUAUCAGGUACUAGAGAAUGUACUGUAUUCACACUAAGACUGUAGAUCAGGGAUGGGCAACUUUGAUGGGGGUGGGGGCCACAAAAAUUCUGAACUCAUCAUGAGAGGCCGCAGUGGCUCGCAGGUCUGCAUACCCACAUCCAUACCCGCUCAUGGAGUCAGAACCGGCCCCGCUGCAAUUCUACAGAUUUUGCCAUCGGUGGAGAGAAUAUUUUGCAAUUUUAUAAAUCAUUUCAUACAAUUCUACUCAUUAGUGUGAAUAUAGUACAGAGAGAAAAAUGAGCAGUUUUACAGCACAUUUCCUGUAAUUCUACACAUUUUGCUAUAGGGUGGAGGGAAAUGUUUGCAGUCUUUGAUAUUAUAUCUGUGACUAACAAAAACUUCAAGUUAGCUGGCUAGAGCAACUUACCAAUCACAAAAUGUUUUGCUGACAUGGGAUAACUGAGUGACUGUCAGUGACUGACAUAAGAGAAAAACUGCUGAUGCACAAUCAAAUUUCGAAAUCGCACCUUGUGUAUUCUACUGUUGUAAGUCUUAACAGUAAGUUAAGACCCCGACUGAGUUCCUAAAAUUAUAUACAGUAUAUAUUUUUUUUAUGCAGGCCCAAUGCCGCCCGCCAGUUGCCCAUCCUUGCUGUAGAUGGUUCUGUGGCCAUACUGCUGUUUCCUCUUGCCCUCUCACCCCCCUGCACCUAUUCUUCUUCCCCCAGGGAGGACGUCACAGCCCCAGAGAGCCGACCACACAGCCGAGGCACCAGCCGGGGCACAAGCCUCCACCCUGGGGUAGCCUACAGCCAGGUGGGCAUGCAACAGACGGGGCACUCACACCGAGAACACACACACAUCCCAUCCACCAGCACUGGAUACACACCUGUAAAAUAUGACAGCAGAUACGGCUACGCUGUAUGAUUGGAGAGAAAGUGGAGGGGUCGAAAACUUUUAAAUUAUGACAAUCGUGUUUUGCAGGCUGAAAUGAGGUACAUUCCCUAUUGUGACUUUGAAAGGCAUAUCAUCAGUGGGUUUAAUCAUAUAAAAAAAACGAUUUCCUGAAAGACCAUGAUAAUUAAUUUGAAAUUAAUACUGUUGAUAGAUGUUGCUUUGGCAUUGGAGUAAGAUAAUAAGGGAAUACAGCAAAGGAAGCAGAAUACACAGUUCUUUAUUCUCCAAAUUAGUUUCUAAGUCCUAUCAAAGCCACAGUGUAAGUUUUCCACUAAUUUCCAUUUUCAUGUAAUAAAAUAUACCAUUUGAUUUAGCAGAAUAUUAUAAUACCUUAAUGGGAUUGGUAUGACUUUACCUUAUCAUAAAUAAAAAAACCAAGUACCUAUCACUCCAAUUGCUCAAUUUUCAUAUUGCACUACUUUUGUGUGUCACGAUCGUUGAUGAACGAG